GAGAAGGCGGAUCCCCCUCCCCGAGUGCGGGGCACCUCCAGCAGCCUGGGCAGCAGCUGCUGGUAAAGGCCUGUGCCGUCCGGGCAAGAAAUUUCCGUUUAAACGAGUUCUGUGGUACAUGAAAAAAAAACAAAACGAUGGAAGGACCGUAUGUUCAUUUUUGUUGAAACAUUCACAAUGAGAUGAUGCGCUGUGUAACUGCGCUUAAUUGUUAAAUUUAAAAGUACACUAAACCUGGCCUAAAUAAAUGUUUUAAGUCUGUUAUAUCGCCCGAGCUUUAUAAUGUUUAUUUUCUUGUUCACGUGUUUAGGUACAAUGUUGUUACAUGCUUACAUUGAAUAUGUUAUUUCUGUGGAAGCAAACGGGAGUGCUGAAUGUUUGCUGUUUCAGGUGCCUUUGAAGGGCUUGUUUUACUACAUUGGACAAUAUUUUAUUUCAGGUCUUGAUGAUUGUUGUACUUCUACUGAUUUUGUUUACAAGACCCAAAGAAAAAACUUCUUGAAGAAAUUGGAGAGAACAAACUUCCGUAUCUGACACCAUCCGAUGCUGAUUUCCACCAGCUGUGGAAGACCAAGUACUCCAAGCUGAUUUUCAGGAAAUCGGAUACAGUACCUGAAGAGCUCCAUCAAAUGGUACAAGAAAGCUUUCUGACCUUGCGAGAACACAACUGCUUCUUUCAAGAUCUUGUAAGGAUCAAAAGCAAAGACUUUCUUACUCCAGUGUCUCGUAUAUUAAUUGGAGACCCAGGAUGCACUUACAAGUACUUGAACACAAGAUUAUUUACAGUUCCUUGGCCUACAGAAGGUUAUGAUAUAAAAUAUUGCAGUCCUCAAAUACAUGAUGCUUGUAAAGCAUUAAUGAAACUUAAUGACUACUUGCAUAUCGAAGCAGUCAGGGCAUUGCAAGGACAAAAUUUGUUUGAUACCAAAGAAAUUAAAGAUACUACUGUAAUAGACAGAGAACAAAGUUUUGCUACUUCUGUUAUGGAGCAAGAGUCUGUUUCAAAAGAUCAAAGCAGUGUUUGUGUAGCAGAGGAUGACAGAAGUCUAAAGAACAGAACAUCUUAUAAUUUGACUUUAUUAAAUUAUAUGGAUCCUCUACAAAUGCUGUACUUGAAACAAGAACCUUACUUUGGAAUGGGAAACAUGGCAGUGAGCUGGCACCAUGAUGAGAAUCUGGUGGAAAGGUCAACAGUGGCUGUGUACAGUUACAGCUGUGAAGAUUCAGCUCUACAAGCAAGCAAUGAACAAGAACUGAAGGGAAGAGAUCCUGCUGUUUGGCACGUGGGCUUGAAGGUAGCAUGGGACAUAGAGACACCAGGAUUGGCAGUACCACUUCACCAAGGAGACAUCUACUUGAUGCUUGAUGAUCUCAAUAUGACACAUCAGCACUGUGUUCUGGCUGGUUUAUCACCUCGGUUCAGCUCAACUCACAGGGUGGCAGAUUCUUCAAGAGGAACGUUGGAAUACAUAAUUGGACAGUGUGAACUGGCACUCCAGAAUUUACAGACUGAUUCUGAAUCAAUGGCUGUGUCUUUGAAAUCACUGGAAGCUGCAGUGGUGAAGCAAGUAGAAGAAAUACAUAAUGAGGUUGAAUUUGAGUGGCUUAGGCAGUUUUGGUUCCAAGGCAAGAGGUAUUUGAAGUGCACUGAUUGGUGGCUUAAGCCUAUUGCUAAAUUGGAAGAAUUUUGGAAAAAACUGGAGAUUAUGACAAGCCUGAUCCUCUCUGAAGUUAGAAAAGAGCAACAAAUUGAGGAACAAAGAAAUGAGACCAUCAGCUGCUUCCUGCUCCUUCUUAAGGAGAGACAAAAGCUGCGUAAAGAAUGGACAGCAAGAUGCCAGUCAGACGCAGCAGAGAGCUUGCCAGAAGACCAGAAACCAGAAUGCCAUCCCUUCUGGACUGAUGAUGAUGAAUCUAAUAUGCCUCUGCCAUAUGAUCUAGAAGAAGUAAUUGCUUAUCUACAAAAUCUUGUUCAAUGGAUAGAAUAACAAGUGACCUUCCAGCCUAGAGUUAUUGAUGCUGGUCAUCUGGGGAGAAGCUCUGUCAUAUCAUAAAUCUUUUCAGCUUUACAAUUCCUUGAUCACAUGUUAUUUUAUGUGUCAAUGCAGAUUUUACCAGUCUUUACACAGUAGCUUAGUUACUGUCUUAUAAUAAAAAAGAUCAGCCCCCAGACUUACAGAAGCCUGUGUUUUUUAAGACCUGAAGUCCAGAACAUCAGCCUUAGUUCCCUCCUCCUCCCCUCUAAUUCCCAUUGACCCUAGAGCCCAGGGAUUUCUGUGUUUCACAGCCUCACAGAAUGGGUGACGUUGGAAGGGAGCACAGGGGGAUCAUCUGGUCCAAGCUCCCUGCUCAGGCAGGGCCAUCCCAGAGCACAGGGCACAGCGCUGUGUCCAGGCACUUGUGGAACAUCCCCAGCGAGGGAGGCUCCCCAGCCUCUGGCCUGGCUGCUCAGUGCUCCUUGCUCAUGGCCAGGUGCAGCUUCCUGGGCAUCAUUCCUGCCCUUCCUCCUGUACCAGUGCUGGGCACCAGGAGCACAGCUGGUCCCUGCUCUGACACCUCCUGCAGAUACUGAGAGACAUCAGUGAUGUCCCCUCUCAGCAUCUCUUCCUGAGGCUGAGCAAGCCCAACUCUGCCAGUAUUUUAACAUGUUCCCUUGCUAUCUAAAUGUCAGCUUCCAUGAGUGCUGGAACUGUCUCUGGCCUGGCAGGUUUGAGCAAGCCAAGGUGUAGCUCACACCUGUGGCAAAGCAGAAUGUGUGAUCUGAGCAUCCUAAUGAGAGGCCAGCUUGGGGUGAGCCUGCUGGGGAUCUUCAAAACAGAGCUGUGAAUUCUCCAUCCAGUAACACAAAGUGGAGUAGAUGUUGGAGAUAUUCCUUUGGGCAGUGGCCCCUUCUUAGACCAUUUUUCAGAUGAGGAAUUCUGUUGGAGCAUUCUAACAUAGAUCCCAAGACUUUCUUACUGUUUUGCCUCAUGGCAACUGAGUAGUACUAAGAGAGAUUUCUGAUGUGAAUCUUUACCUACUGGGCUCCCUGGAAUUCAGAAUUCAGUUCCUAAUCAUUGCUUUGUUUCUGCAUGUUGUGAAUCCUAUUCUGAGGUCAGAUUUCCCAGUGCAUUGCCUGAAGAGAUGAUGGACUUAAGUAAGACCUUCCAGGUGGGUUGUUUGGUCCCCUGAGAAACUAGAUUUAGAUCGUGUGAUACUGGGUUUUGCAGUAUCAAGUGAAACCUGUGAGCACAAAACCAGAAAACUAUGAGAAACAAAGCUGCCUGUAAUUUUACGUAGUAAUGUGCCAUAAAAAGAACAAUUCUGUGUGGAAUGAUACAGGGUAUUCCUGAAUGAGAUAGAGAAUUUUGAUUUGGUAAAUUGCUAUUUUAACUCACCUGGUUGGACUGGUGUCCAACUUUGCCUCAAAAAGCAGAAAAUCAUUACAGUGGAAAAGCACUCAGCCUGUAUUACCACUACAAAAGAAGCCAGUAAGGUUCAGAGUUUGAGGUUGCCACCAAGAAAUGAAUAUGUCUCCUGUGUUAAUGUGGUGUUUAAAGUCUCUGCUGAGGCCAGGCUCACCCAGAACACACCAGCUUUCUGUACUGACAAAGUGCUGUGUGUGUGGAUGAGGCUUGUACUCCUGAAAAUUGUGCUUUUAACAGUAUAACAUAUGCCAGACCUCCCUGGAGCUAAGGAAGCUGUGCCAGUAAAAAUUCAGUUUUAUUGGUAUAAAACUGUGUCCACACCUACCAGCUUUUGCCAGGACAAUUAGAUCAAGUAGAGAUUGUACCUCAUAAGACUUCUGGUAAAGCUGUGCCAGCAAAAGUGUAAGUACCUGAAUCAAGUGUUUCCACUGUAAUCCUGGGCUUCUGCAAAAACUUUUAGUUACCCUGGAGAAUACUCUGAAGAAUAAGUUAUUACUUAAAUUAGGUUUGAUAAUAUUACCUUGAUUCACACAUUUAUCUGUUGUCUCUUGUGCCAUAGAUUUCAUAACAUUUGGAAAUACUGCUGUAGGCAUAGCUUUCUCUUCCCUGCACUAGCUAAAGCUGGCUUUACCAGUGGGCAAAUAGCACAUAUUUGGAUUAGUGCCACACUAAACAUUGUUUACUUUGGAGAUCGCUUAGAGAAAAUCUAGCUGAAGAUGUGGGAAUUCUGCUUUUGAAAAGGCAGUUCUCAGAAACAGAUAUUGCUGUGGAAAUGAGCAAUAUGAAUUCAGACAAGCUAAUGAUGUAAGAGUGUUAACACAAUGUUUAGGGAGACUGUUUAUUUAUGCUGUUAUUUUAUGAUUACUCUAUGUUUAAUUAUAUAUUUAAGUUCUGCUAAAAUCCAUGGGGGUCACAGUAUUGAAAGGAAUCUGACCACCACAAAGGGUGGAGAAGGCACAUCAAUGAUGUAGUUUGUAGCUGAAGUAGAGGCGAAGCUAUUUAGAAAAUGAUUGUCAAAUAAUUAUUUCCAGCAGCAGUAAAAAUAAAACCAAUCCAAAACAGCCCCAAACCUAUUAGGAGACUGCUGGCAGUAAUAAUAGAAUUUUUAGAAUACAUGUUUCCAGGUCUUGCCUAUGCUUGAAGAUUUAAGGUAGUGAAUUAACUGAACUAGUACUAGUCUCAGUGCAGUCACACAGCACUUAUCCAAACCAGGGAUAGCAAUGACAUGGACAAAUGAACACCUUUGGAAUGAAUAAGACUGCCACAAUACCAAUAAUCAAGUGAUUUAGGGCUCUGUGUUGCAUUCCAAACGUGCAUCAUCUAAAUCAGUAUAACCUGAUUGAGUUCAGUUGAAAUGCAGAAGUAUGAGAAGAUUUCAUGUCUCCAAAGCCCACAGGAGUUGAUAGCAAUAACAUGAGUAAGGUGGUGGAACUGUUUGAAACACAGAGUAAUGCCAAAGGGUACCCCAAAAGGAGAACACAGUUAAAGGUAAAUAUAUAUAUAAAAACCUGAGAAAUGAAGUGUAAAUUAUUGCAGUGUUUAGAUUAUGUCUUAGAAGCUGGUAAAUACUUUGAAGAUUUCUUUAUUUUAUUCAAGUAGUUAUAAUUUAGCUUGUUUCAAUGAUUCUUUAGCAAUCCAUUUAUUUUCCAGCUUUAGAUAACCCCUUUCCUUUUUGGAUGAGCUGGAAGACACAGCCUCUAAUUAAUGUUCUGUGUUUAGCAAUUAUUUGCCAAGCCUGGAUGCUUUAGAAGCAUGAGGACCAAGGUCAAGUUUUUUCAAGGAAGAGGUGAGAGCAUAAAUUAACUUCUGACAUUAAAUUCAGUGGUUCUUUUAAAAUGGUGAAGUUCAUGACUUUGCUUACAUUUACUUUUCAUCAGCCAGGACUGAAGAGAAGUAAAAUAGUUCAGUUGCACGUGUGUGUCAAGCUAAAUGGAUUGCAGAAGAUACAGAUCUGUUUGCCUGUCUGCACUUGCCUUUAGACAAUAUUCAUCAAUUUUACAAAAGCUACUGACUAAACAUGGAACCAGUACAAAUGAAAUGCUCAAGGCAAGGGCUUUCUUUUUUAAAUCUGAUAUAGAGUUGGUUUUACACUGAUAGAAAAUGUUGGCAGAAAAUGAAAAACUUCUAUUGUUUCUGUAAUUGGGGGGAUGAAAGAUACAGAGUGGUUUUAAAUAUUUGAUAGAAAACUGCUGUGUUAUGCAAUGUAAUUAGAAAUGUUUUUGUAAUGCUUUGCUCAUAUCCCUGUAUAUGAAAAUAUUUUAUCCCAUAGGUCCUUUCUUCUGUUGAAAAGGUUAUGUAAAUAAAUAAAAUUAGUCUCAAUACAGUAAAUUUUAAAGGCACAAUACUUAUGUUCUAAGCUUUCCAGCAGGUUCUGAUUAUUUAAAGGGUAAAUAAGAAAACUGUGCAGGAUGGGUAACAUGCACCAUAAUAAAUAUCCAAAUCAGUUGUCUUAUUACCAUUUGAAUAUGUUGUUAGGUUCACUAGUAGUGGUACAAGAUGCUCUAUAAAAUUAUGUUGGACUACUUAAUGCAGUGGGGCAGAUUCCGGGAUUCCAUUCGUGUAACAGCACAGAAAUCAAAAGAUUGUUAAAAUCAGUCAUGAAAGGUGACAAAAAUAUUGUAGUGUGUUACGAGUUGGCAUUGUUUCUUUCUCAGUUAUAGCAGUGCUGUUCCAUCAGUCCUGUGGAGUUUGGGCUGCUGGAUAUUAGAGGCCAGGCUUAGGCUUAGGUCUAAGCUGGGCUGAGAGUCAGGCAAGAGAGAGGAGGUGAGAUGCACACGAGAGCCAAGGGAUGUGCUGUCCCAAGGCCACAACUUCAUUAACUGGACUCAUAUGGGAGUCAUUGAGCUCAAACUUGUACAGUGCAGGUCAGGAUCUCCCCUUAAUUGUUACCACCUGGUGCAAAGUUAAUGUUGGCUCCCUGAAGCCCUUCCUGCCCCUGACAGCCAGUCCUCAGCUCUCUGCCUGGAGCUCAGCACUCUCAGCUCACACCAAGAUUAGAGUUGGGAAGAGUGGUUGUUCCACUGUAGCAACAGGGAUGAGAAACUCUCAUCCCCAGCUUCAGCUUCCACCUCUGUCCAGCUGCAGCUCCAUGGACUGAGCAUCUCCAAAUAUUCUGCUUCCCAUUUGAGAUUCAAGUUGCUGCAGCUCAUCUUCUGUCCUGUCUCACCAGAACAGUGAUCUGACACAGGGAAGGGUCAGACAAGAAGAAUUCUGUUUGCAUGAGGUUCCUCAUUGAAAACAGACCUCAUUGCACUCCCAUAAGAGUGACAAGUUCAGGACUGCAAUAAUCUGCCUUUAGAAGGUGGCAGCUGCUGGGGAGUGAUGAAGGACUUUGGCUAAAUCACCAGCACUCGUUGUUCUGUAGGACUCCCAUCCUGCCCUGUUCUGGCUCACCCCACCUGUACAGGCAGAGGCAAUCCUGAAUAGAACCACUGCUCUCUUUCCUGUCCAAACUGACUCCUCACCUUCCAUGUGGCUGGGCUUGCACCUUCAUUUACAUUCAUCUGUCCCCUUCAUCUUAGCCUGAGGGCAUUCAUUGAACAGGAGAAGAUAAUUUAUACAAUUACAAAAAGGCUGUACAUGGAAAGGCUACAGAACUGGCUGAGUAACAUGUAAAAUAAAAGUCAAGAAAUAACUGAUAAAAUUAGCACAUUAAAACGCUGAUAUUUAGGCAUGAGCACUUCACAUGUCAUGGGAACUAUCAUUUCUCUUCUUGUUGCUUAGGAGAUAGCAUUCAUAAUCCAAAAGGUUGUAUUAUGCUAUGGUUUACAUCCUCUAAAUCCCCACUGAUUUUACAGGCUUGUCCAUGAUGAUCAAGAAUUUGGUCACAAAAGUUGUUCUCCUCCCCCUCCCUAUCGUCAAAUACUUGCUUUCAUGCCAACACAUCUUGCUCUGAUUAGUCCCCUUGAUUACAGGCUAAAGUAAAAAGUCAGGUGUAUAAGAUUCCCAUUAUCCUUUAUUCCACUGCUUCUAAGAACAGGUCAGAUAGAGUUAUUUCAGUGAAAAUGUGAACAAUCAACUUCUGUUUACCAUUAACCUUCAGUUUUCUUUUCUUAAAAUCAAAUCAGGGCUUGGUAGGCAGUUAUUUUCAUACAUGUCCCUUGAUCAGUGGAACAAUCUGUCAAAAGCCAUUAAAGCCUCUAUUAGGUUGAAUUGCAUUCAAAGUUAAGCUCUCCAAUCGUUUGAAGGGCUGUGAUGAUUGUUUUUAAUAUAGUAUACAUCGAUUGCUCUCUCAGAGUAGCAGCAUAACUUUGAAACUAAGCAUAUAUGACUUGAGCGUUUUGCUCUCUCCUAUGUCUUCAGAAGCUUUGUGUCUUGUGCAAGAUGAAUGUCUACAUUAAAAAAGGAAAAAACAAAUGCAGUGAAAUCACCUCUUUAAUGUCACAAGUUUUUAACUUUUCUUAUUUUAUUUUAACCCUCAAGGUGUCAUAUAUGAAACAGGAAGAUUCCCAGGGUCCCUUUCCUCAACACCUUCACUGAAAAAUGUAUCUAAUUGUGCUGAUAUUUUAAAAGUGGCUCUUUAUCUUAAAUAUCAGGAUGCUUUACACAGAGAAACUGAGGCAGAGGUCAAAAGUGCAUCUGGGAUCUGAGUGCCAGCACUGGAAUGAGUGUUAUGUAACCCUCUGUUGCUGGUGUAUCUCUAUUACUUCCAGUAAUCAGCUCAGUUUACAGAUUAAAGAUGCUCUCACAGAACUUGUUGUCCUCCAAAGUUAAAUCUGAAAGUUGUGCUGGAAUCUGUCCUACUCAUGUCAUAUUUAGCACAGUAUUUAAUUGCAUAACACACAAUAAUAUAUCUCAUAUAAUAGAGAUCUUUCAGACCUCCUAAGGUUUGAUUAAAACUUCUCAGUGAAUCUUUUAGUUACAUUCCAAGUCCCUGAGCUCUCAAUGGGAAAGAUAGAUUUUAUUGGAAUUAAAUGAUUCCACAGAGAAUAUGCAGUAUAUAAUACAAUAUAAUAGAAUAUUAUCCCCACUCUUCUAGAUCUAUUUUAGGUAUUUCCACUGCAUGCCCCACAGAGUUUGACAGCAGCUGUAUUAGGAAACUCUUAAGGAAAUACCCUGAUGGUGUUUGUGCUUUUUUUACCAAGGUGAAGGUGAGUUGCUGAAGCAAACUGGAAUGCUGGUUAUGCACCUGUUAGCACUUUGGUCUGGUACUUAUUUGGUAGUCUGGUAGUACUUUACUGAGAGCACUUUUUAACUAGCUAUUUUGAUGAACAUCAUAAUAAAUUAUCAUCCAACAUCAAAGAAUUCCACAAUUCUUUUAUUGCUGUUCUUGCCCUUUUGUCUCAGUAUUAUCAGUAAUGUUAUUAACAAGUUUUUUUUCUUUGUUAGUCUGAUGUGACCUUAAAGUGAGAAAACUGUAGAAUUAUGUAUUGGAUAUUCCCUGAAGUACAUUUUUUUCCAAACCAAUUUAUUGGGUUAUUUUGACUCCCUUUCCAUUUGGUAUUGCUACUUUUUAUUAAGACCUAUUUAUAGAAAUCUGCAAGAUACACAGUGAUAUGUAAAUUUGUGUUAUGCAUUUACUUGUUUACUGGCAUUUAU